CCUACCACUUGCCACGAUAUCAAUGGCUACCAAUUCCAAAGCCUCUGAUGACAGCAGUUCUACUGCUAGCACUACCGCACCUCCCUCGUACUAUGGCUCGAUCUCAGCAAAUCCCAUUCAAUACAGUCAAUCAUUCAUAUUUUCCUUUCGUCGCAUGAAGCAGAAACGUGCAGCUGUUCUAUCCCGCAUCCGUGAUAUUGUCUUAGCCCCUGAUUUCACCCCUUCUUCUUUGACCUCAAAUGUCAAUGCCUGCGCUGCUGCUCUUCCAGCUGCCGAGCUCUCCAACAUCCUGACACAACUCAAUAUUGAGGGCCACACAGCACUGUAUUGGGCAAUUGUGAAUAAUCGGCCAGAAGCCUUUUGGGCACUCGAAGAAUUGACUUCCUGGUAUCCCUCUGAUUGCACGUACGACUUGCGCAUUGCAUGCACGAUAACUAGCGACCAUGAAAUGUUUACGCAACUAUAUCUUGGAGGUCGAGCGCGCGAAGACAGGCUUUUGACAGGCUUUUUAAGUUGCCCGCCAGAUGAGAUUCAGGUACAUACAUGCGAUGAACUCGCCAACCAGUUCAACGUUGUUUUGCGAAUCAGGAUGUUCCAAAAACGUCUGCGCACUACUAAACACUGCUACAACGAAUUUGUUGCAGGGGGACGCAUAUGGUGGUUGCGCUUCAGGAUGUCUACUGAUGGAAUAUGGCACGCCCGGAUUGGUCUUUGUCGGCUUAGCCCUCCAGCGCGUCUUAACGCUGUACUUUUAAUCGAGGCACACAGCCGGAAAUUUAGCCGUGCAACCCCACCUGAAGCGCUGAAAAUCACAUUAUCAUUGACAGACACAAAGUUUCUGGCCCUUGCACCUUGGCAGUAG